AUGGACGCCGCCCCGAGGUUCGCCGCCCCGCGCAUCGACGCUUCGACAUCGUGGCUGCUUCUGGAGGAUGAAUCGAUCGAUAGCAGGUUCCUAGUCGCCAUGGCCCAGGUACUCGACGUCGACCAGGGAAAAAUACGCGUGCAAGAGUCGUUCAGGGAGUUGGGAGGCGACGAGAAGAGCGCUGCCGUGCUCCGGAAGGCCUGCAUGGACAUUGGUAUUGACGUCAAGAUACGCGACAUUCUCCGCUGCUCGACCAUCGCCGAGCUCCAGACCUGCAUCUCGCCCUGUGCCCGUCAGUCACAGUACGCAGAGACGCUCGAGCCGGUCAUGAUUGCGCCCCUCGAGAUUCACAAAGCCAGCCGCCUCUCCGCCCGAUCCGAAGCCAAGGGGAGCCAUUCGCGCAACUCGAGCCAGUCCAGCUCCGGCUCGCAGAUCGUGCAGAGAACAGGUAUCGAGCAGGCGCUCGGCACGCAGACGGCCGUCGACCGGAUAGCCACCGUGCGCCCAAAGGCCGGCCUGCUCGAGGGCAAGCUGGUCGCCCUCCUCACCCUCUCGGGGGCCCUGCCGUCCGCCGAAGACAGCCCUCCCGCCAUUAACCUCAUCCCCCAGUCUCAGUCUCUCUUCGCCGGGACCCAGGUCGCCGUCCUCAAGCAGACCGCCGAGGCCGCCCUUCCGUCCGAAGCCGUGCCGGAUAUCUGGAUCGUGCUGGACGUGAUGCCCCUCACCGAGUCGGGCGAGGUCGACAUCCGCCGUCUUCGCACGUGGGCCCAGAACAUCAACGAGGACAUCUACCAACAAGCCACUGGCCUGGGCAGCCACGAGACGCUUGAGCUGCCCCAGACGGCGAUGGAGAAGUCGCUGCAGAUACUGGUAAGCAAGGUCUUGGAUGCCCCCCCGGGUCAGAUCGGCGUCAACUUCACCUUCUGCCAACUCGGCGGGGACGAGAUGACGGCCAUCGAAUUGGUAGCGCGCUGCAAGCACGAAUCCAUCUACCUGAGUGCUGCCGAGGUGCUCGGGUCGACUACAUUAUCCGAGCUCGCCGUGCUUGCGGCAUCGCGAGGUGCCAUGUCCCAAAAGUGGGACGAGGAGACGUUGGACUCCUUCGACCUGUCCCCGAUGCAGCAUCUCUACUUCAAGACGGCCAUGGGGGGUGACCUCGACCUCAGGACGGGUGGUGAGGGGAGCUAUCGCUUUAACCAGAGCCUGCUCCUUCGCUUUAAGAAGUCCUUCACCUUUGAGAGCAUUACCGCCGCGAUAGAAGCCGUCGUCGGUCACCACCCCAUGCUACGGUCACGUUUCAGUCGCGGCAUGGCUGGGUGGUCCCAGAGGAUACUGCCAGAGGUGGCGGGCUCCUAUUCCCUCUGCCACAGCGCGAUAAGGUCUGACCGGGAACUGGAAGAUAUUCUCGAGAAGACGCAAUACUCGAUCGACAUUGAGAGCGGCCCCGUGUUUGCUGUCGACUACCUCACCACCCACGACGGCCAGCAGAUGGUCUAUCUUGCGGCACACCACCUCGCAGUCGACCUUCCCUCGUGGCGCAUCGUCAUCCACGACCUCGACGAAAUGUUGGAGAACGGGAACUUGCUGUCGCAGAGGUCCAUGCCUUUCCACAACUGGGUAGAUGUCCAGAAAGCCGACGCGCAAGGGCGGGAGCCGCAAGAUCUCCUGCCAUUUCCCGUCCAGCCGGGCGACUAUGCCUACUGGGGCCUGCAAGGGGCCCCAAACACCUAUGGCGAUGCUCUCGAGGUCAGCUUCUCGCUGAGCCACGAGCUUACCUCGAUAUUACAGACGUCAUGCAACCUGGUCUUCAGGACCGACUGCGUGGAUAUCUAUCUUGCCGCCCUCAUGCUGUCUUUCGCCCAAACAUUUCACGACCGAUCAGUCCCAGUCGUGUGGAACCAGGAGCACGGGAGAGAGCCUUGGAAUACCGACAUUGAUAUCUCAGAGACUGUCGGGUGGUUUACGUCGUUAUGUCCGAUAAACCAAAAGGUCGACACGUCGGAUGACCUCAUCGCCGUCCUCCGGCGGCUCAAGGAUAUACGGCGGUCGAUUCCGACGAGGGGCGCCCAAUAUUUUGCUUCUAGAUUCUACGACUACGAAAAAGCAGACCUUUCACAUGACUGGCCCUUCGAGAUCAUCUUCAGCUACGCGGGCUCUUUACAACACCUGGAGCGCGACAAUGGGGUCAUGGAGCAGUUUCCAAUUCCGGGCCGGACGCUCGCCUCGCCGACGUCGGAUAUCGGACCGAAUGUCGGCCGCAUUGCCCUGUUCGAAGUCAGCGCGAUGAUCGACCAGGGAGCCGCCAAGGUCAAGUUUUUGUACAGCCGCUUCUCGAAAGACCAGAGUCGCAUCUCGCAGUGGAUACAGAACUACGAGCACUUGCUGCUCGAGGCUAUCGGGCGGUUAAGAUACCACCAACAUGAGAUCACGCUCUCCGAUGUUCCGCACCUCGACGUCACCUACGAAAGCCUGGCAAAGUUCCACAGGAAGGAGCGGCUCGCGGCUCUGAAUCUGACUUGCGUCCGAGAGCUCGAAACCAUAUACCCAGUGACCGCAGUGCAGCAAAGCAUACUGAUCAGCCAGGCGCAGCGGCCCGACGCGUGCUAUCUGCACGCCAUCUACGAGUUUGCUGCUCCCAAUGGCGGAUCCAUUGACCACUCCAAGAUCUGCACCGCAUGGGAGCAGGUCACGAUGCGACAUGCGGCGCUGAGAACCGUCUUCACCGAGAGCAUCAGCGAGACCGGCCUUUGGGACAAGAUCAUCCUCCAUCGCACCUCUCCCGAGAUGCUUUUUAUCGACACAGCGCCUUCAGAGGACCCCGUGUACGAACUCAGCAACCUCGUCAAAUUGAGGCCGACAGACAAAAAGCCGCUUCACAGGCUCACCGUCUGCAAGGCUCCGUCCAGGACCUUUGUGAAGUUGGAUAUUAGCACUGCGCUCUGCGAUUCUAUAAGCAUACACAUACUCCUCCACGACCUGAGACGAGCCUACGCCACUGAGCGCGCGCUUUCGGAUCCCGCCCAGUUUUCCUAUCCUUCAUAUCUCGAUUUCCUGAAGGGAGUUCGUCAAGAGUCGAGUCUUGGCUACUGGCGCGAGAGACUUGCCAAAGUUUCGCCCUGUUUGUUUCCCCGGCUUAGCAUGGCGCCAGAGGAGCACAAGUUUACCAACGCCAACCUCGAUCUCGAGAUUGCUGCCACGGAACUGGCCGCGUUCACCCGGUCUCACAAGAUCACGGUCGGAGCAGUCCUCCGCCUUGCGUGGGGCCUUGUGUUGCGCUGCUUUGCCGGAUCAAAUACAGUGUGCUUUGGCUACCAGACACUGGGACGCGAUGACUCGGUCGAGGGGAUGCGCCACGCCGUCGGCUCGUUUGCAAACACGGUUCCGUGCAACUACGAGCUUUCGUCGUAUACCCCGUUGAACCUCGCACUCCAGCUGGUCGAGGACCAGAUGGCGACUAGCCUGCCCCACCAGCAUUUCACCAUGGCCGAGCUCCAGCACGCAAUGGGCAUGAGGGGUGGCGACCGUCUGUUCAACUCGUGCUUGACGUUCACGGAAGAGCCAGCGGGGCUGAACAGCAAGUUCACCACGAGAUCGAGCUUCGAGCUGAAGCCUGUGUCGCUGCAGCAGACAUUUGACGCGGAUGUCGUUGUCAACACGCGCUUCUCUGGCGGCAAUUUGGUCGUGGAUAUGGGACAGCGAGUAAUGGCCCCAGAGCAGUCGCUCAACGUGGCAAAUACGUUUGGACGAGCCAUCCGUGCGGUUCUCACCAUGCACAACACGUCUAUCGGGUUGGUUGAUCUCUGCAGCGACCGGGACUAUGCUCAGAUUUUGGCCUGGGACUCCCAGACGCCGGCAGCCGCCGAGAGCCAGGCCCAGAACCUGAUUCACGAGCUCAUCUCAAAUCAGGCUUCCCUGCAGCCGACCGCACAGGCUAUUUGCUCCUGGGACGGUAAUCUGAGCUACGAGCAGCUCGAGGAAGAGGCGACGAAGCUGGCGCACCAUCUCGUGGACGCUGGCGUUGGGCCGCAUUCCGUGGUUCCAGUGGUGAUGGAGAAGUCCCGGCUUUCCCCGGUGGCUAUGCUGGCCGUUCUAAAAUCCGGCGCGGCCUUUGUCCCCAUCGACGCUCUGGAGCUCAGCAUGAUCCAACCCAUCUUCGAGCGCCUCAAUUCGAGAGUCGCCAUUGCCUCGGAACACGCGGCCCCGGUCCUCGGAAAUCUCUUUGAGAAGGUCGUAACGCUGACCGACGAGUUGAUGAACGGGCUUCCGCGCAGUCAGGGGUCUUUGACCUCGAUGGCGGCGCCAGCGGACCCCGCCUGCAUCCUUUUUGUUCCGACGUCGUCUAGCGAGGCUCGGGGCAUGUCCUUUAGCCACGCGGCACUAUCGACGGCACUGUCGGGGCAAGGACCCGCAGCCCGCAUAACUUCCCUCAGUCGUGUCAUGCAACUGUCCUCGUUUAACGUCGACAUAUGUAUUACCGAGAUAUUUACUACUCUUGUUUGUGGCGGGUGUGUCUGCAUCCCGUUGCCUACGGAGAAGCUGCAUGACUUUGCUGCCGCCGUGAACCGCAUGCAGGUUAACUGGACGUACAUGACUCCCCUCCUGUCGAGGAAGCUGGAGCCGUCCAAUUUGCCGUCUCUCAAAGUUGUUUGCUUCCGGACUCGAAGUCUUGACGAUGACACAUAUGCUCCCUGGCACGGCAAAGUCAAUGUCAUUCUGGCCUACGGGCCGCAGGAUGUCUGUCCCCUAGGCAUAUCCUUCCUCGAGGCUCUGGGCACGUAUCACUUGCGAAGUAUUGGUCGGCCCUUCUCUGGAAAUCUGCUGAUUGUCAACCCGGAGGACCACAAGAAACGUGUACCCACCGGCGCGGUUGGUGAGCUCGUGGUGGAAGGCCCGACUCUGGGAUGUGCUUACCCCAACAGAGAGUCGACGAUGCUGCCGAUGACACCACUGGCGGCCACGCCCGGCCGCAAGGCUCGAUACUUCAAGACGGGCCACCGUGCGAGGUAUACCGAGGGCGGGCUGAUGGAGUUCAUUUCCAGCAAACGAGAAGAUACCGAGAUCGACGGCAAGCUGGUGAACACGACCGAGAUCGAGCAGUAUCUCCGGCGCUGCCUCGGCCAGGGAGUCGACGUGAUUGUCGACGCGAUGACGUUUCGGGGGACCAAGGCUGAUGCCGUGCUUGCUGCCUUUAUCGAACUCGGUGAUAGUCUUUUCGACGGCGAAGAAAACCUCGCAUCGUUGAGUCCUGCGACAAAAGAGCAGGCUGCUAUGGCGAAGCAGCUUGUCGAAGUGGGGCUGAAGAACGCCGUCGCGCCGUCAAUGAUUCCGUCAAUCUUCAUCCCCGUCAAGCAUCUCCCCAUCACGCCGUCUCUCAAGGUCAACCGGCGGCGCCUGCAGAAGAUGAUAAACGGCAUGUCGAAAGAGCAGCUACUGUCCCUGUCCGCGGUGCCAAACACAAACGAGGCCAAGUUCAACGCCCUCAAGCCCUUGCCUCUGACGCACAACGAAGAGCGCAUGAGGGCCGUCUGGGCCAGAGUUCUGGGCGUCGAAGAAGCCAAGAUCGGAGCGCUCGACCCCUUUUUUGGUGCUGGCGGCGACGAGAUCCUCGCGGCCCAGCUGAUUGCCGCCUGCCGCCAAGACGGAAUCACCGUGUCUAUCGCCGACGUGCUGCGCAACGCGAGCCUAACCGAGCUCUGCAGGGCGAUGAUGACUAUCGAGUCCCCACAGGUGGUGCAGGACUCGUCCCCGAUUCCUGUCACACCACCGCCGGUCCCCCCGAAUAAUAAUGCCGUCACGUUCAUCGAGAAGGUCAUCGCUCCCAAGAUCGGGGUCGACGGGAGCGUGAUCAAGGACGUUGCCGAGGCGUCUUCCGUGCAGAUCAGAUACAUCGAGACUGGCAUGCUUCGGGGGCGUGCCAACAUUAACUACCUCGUCUUCAACUUUUCUGGAGCUGUCGAUGCGAAGAAGCUCGAGGACGCGUGCGUCAACCUCGUUGCAAUCCACCCGAUCCUGCGCACUGUGUUUGUCCCGUACAACCGCCGAGUCUACCAGGCCGUCCUCGCGUCCCCCGACAUCGAGUUCCGCCGCGAUACCUGCCCGUCGUGGCGCCUCACGGGCGUGAUGGAUAAGACGAUCCGGAAAGACCAGCUGUCCCCAGUCGCAUUCUGCUCGCCCAUGACCAAGUUCAUGUUCCUCGACGGCACCAAGCAGUCGAUCCUGGUCAUGCGGCUGACCAAGGCCCAAUACGACGACCUCUCGAUCGCGCUCUUGGUCAAGGACCUCAAGCGGUUGUACGACGGGUCUCAGAACCCGCCCCGAAGGCCAACCUACUGCGACUUUAUACGGUCGUCGCAAAUGGUAAACGCGCAAGGGGCAGAGGAGCACUGGCGGGCGCUGCUUGACGGCGCCGCCAUGACGCAGGUUGUCGCACAUACUCACCCGUACCAGCUGUCGACAAACAUCAAGACGAUCCGACACUCGAUGAACAUUGGCUCGCUGUCUAGCCUCGGCAUCUCGUUCGAGACGGUCCUGAAGGGCGCCUGGGCAAUGGUUCUCGCGGCUCUGUCUGCCUCUCCCGAUGUCGUCUUUGGCGAGCUCAUCGACGGCCGUCACGUCAGGUUGUUGGGCGGCCACCCGGUUGCCGGGGUCAUGGGGCCGACUGUCAACGCGAUCCCCGUCCGCGUGCAGUUCCCCCAAGAGCACGCACUCACCCCGUUGGCCCUGCUCCAGCAUGUACACGCCCAGCGCAUAUCGGGCAUCCCGUACGAGAAUCUCGGGACGCUCAGCAUCGUAGAGAAGUGCACGCCGUGGCCGUACUGGACUCGGUUCAGCACGCUCGUGCAGCACCAAUACGAAGACACGGCUGUCAACCCCAACGAGCCCAAGCCGUUUCAUCUCGGCGCCGCUUCGUGCAAGUUUACCGUCGUCGAGUCCAAGGCCCAGGACGUCCCCGACUUGUUCGUCAGGUCGAUUGUGCGCGGCGCGGGCCGAGUAGAGCUCUCGAUCACGUUCUGCGCGGACCGUAUCCCCGAGCCGUUUGCCGAGCACGCGCUUCGCAACCUGCACACGACCGUCAGCCUGCUCACUAGCGUCAGCAUCAUGCAGCAAAUCAUCCCAAACGGCUUCCAGUAUCGGACCAUGCAGAAGAGAAUUCCCAUCGCUCUAAAUGCGGCGCUAGCAUCGCCCGGCAUGAUCUCGGGAGAGGAAGCCGUCAACUUCCUCUCGGCGGACCAAGCCAAGGCCAUCCAGUCCCUCAUCUCGCAGACGUGGACGCCGAUCCUCAACCCUCGAACCUUGGGCGUGCCGGAAGCCCAGGUCCACAACGCGGCCUUCUUCGACCUCUGGGGGAGUCUCAUUCCCGCCGCCCAGCUGACGGCCCAGCUCAACCGCGAGCUGCCCAGGAUCAACCUCGCGGGCAUCGACGGAGGGAGCCUGAAGCUCACAAUGGAGGAGAUUGUGGACAACCCGACCAUGCUCAAGCAGUUCGAGCUGAUUGCCUCCAAGAUCAAGGCCCAGACGACCCAGGCUGCAAAGGGUAAGGAAAGGGAGAAGGAGGGGGAGAGGGAGAAGGCAGAUGCGAGAGCCCAGGCGCAGAUGCACCGUAGAAAGCCGAGCAUAAACGUGUCGGUGUCCCCGGCCGCCAUCGGAAGCCGCAUCCGCCGGUUCGCCAGCACCGUCGGCCGAUCUGACGGGCCCGGAUCGCGGCGGACCGGGUUGGCGCCCAUGUCGUCAAUCCCCUCGACGACGCCUGUCGCCAUCGGUAUCGCAUCGGCCAUGGUGGCCGAGAUGGUGAACCCCCUGUCUCCCAAGAUCAUCACCGCCAACAUCAGCGCCGGUAUGAGCGCCAGCCUCAACACCAUUGCGGCCAACAGCAACCGGGCCGGCGUGCCCAACAGCUCCAACAACGGUAUCGACUUUGGCGUCCGGAGCAAUGCGAGUCCGAUCCCUCGCGAGCCGCCGCAGCUGCCGCACCUGCCAGCCUUCAAGGGCAUCGCCGAGGAGGAGUCGGACAUGCUGAGCGUGGUGGCACUGAUGGUGCGCGAAACGAGCUCGCGCGGCGCUACGAGCUCGGCCGACAGCCUGACCGACGGCAGCAGCGCCUGCAGCAACCACAGCGGCGACGACGAGACGGACCCUGUCGCGCCCCUCCCGGGCAGCCCCGUCAUCCGGGAGGAGGAGGACCUCGUCAGCCCUAUGACGGCCGUCAGCCCCAAGAACAACGGCACCCGCUUCUUCGACAAGAACGGGUCCGACUCGCCAAAGAAGUCGCUCAAAAAAGAACGGAAUAGUGUUUUUAGUAAGACGGGCAUGUCCCCGAUUGUUGGAUAA